AUGUCUGAUCCGAGUUCUAUAAACGGUGGUAUUGUUGUCGCCAUGGCCGGCAAAGACUGUGUGGCAAUUGCGUGCGAUCUGCGUCUAGGGAGUCAGUCGCUUGGUGUAGCCAACAACUUUGAAAAAGUAUUCCAUUAUGGCCAUGUUUUUCUGGGUCUAACAGGGCUUGCUUCAGACGUAACAACGCUCUCAGAAUUAUUCCGCUACAAGACAAACCUGUACAAACUGAAAGAAGACCGCCUCAUAGAGCCAGAGACUUUCACCCAACUGGUGUCCAGCACACUGUAUGAGAAAAGAUUCGGGCCUUAUUUUACUGGUCCUGUUGUGGCUGGUAUCAACUCUAAAACUGGAAAGCCUUACAUUUCCGGAUUUGACUUAAUCGGUUGCAUCGACGAGGCAAAAGACUUCGUAGUAAGCGGGACGGCCUCAGAACAAUUAUUUGGUAUGUGCGAGUCACUUUACGAGCCUGAUCUCGAGUCUGAAGAUUUAUUCGAAACUAUAAGUCAAGCAUUGUUGAACGCUGCGGACCGUGAUGCUCUUUCUGGCUGGGGUGCUGCCGUAUACAUAAUCAAGAAGGACGAAGUCAUUAAGCGGUAUUUGAAGACCAGACAAGAUUGA